ACAUUCUGUGCUACGCCUUUGGUCUUAUGGGGCGUCUCGGCUAUUCGCACAGCAGAUGAAAUAAAAGCACACAGGUAUGUGUUUGGGACAGUAAUUUGAGCCAGGACGAGUCCAUAAUGGGUGACAGCAGUUGCAGUAACGGUGUCCAGAAGAAAAUGUUGUCGGACCCUCAGCUCUUCGAUGCAGAGUUUGAAAGGCUUGUGUCUGAACUUACAGAGCAGGACUUCACUGAUCCAGUUCUCAGUGAUGCCCUCAACAGACUCCGAGAGGUUCUUCAGUACAAUGCCCCUGGAGGCAAGAGAAACCGAGGCUUGUCUGUGAUUGGUUCACUACGGGAGCUGGUGUCUCCAUCUGAGCUGCCAACUGAGGAAGUUCAUCGAGCUCUUUUGGUUGGAUGGUGCAUUGAACUGCUUCAAGCUUUUUUCUUGGUGGCUGAUGACAUCAUGGAUUCAUCCGUGACAAGAAGAGGUCAACCCUGCUGGUAUAAGAAGGAAGCUAUUGGUCUGGAUGCUAUUAAUGAUGCUUUCCUUCUGGAGGGCUCGAUUUACCGUCUUCUUCGCAGACAUUGCAGAGGACAACCCUACUAUGUCCAUCUGCUUGAACUAUUUACAGAGACAUCUUUUCAGACCGAGUUGGGUCAAGCUCUUGAUCUUAUGACAGCACCUCCACAUAAAAUAGACCUCAACCGCUUUACGAUGGAGAGAUACAAAGCCAUUGUGAAGUAUAAGACAGCGUUCUACUCCUUUUAUCUUCCUGUGGCUGCUGCUAUGUACAUGGCUGGCAUUGAGAAUGAGAUCGAACACCACAAUGCUAAAACAAUUUUACUCGAGAUGGGAGAGUUCUUUCAGAUACAGGAUGACUACCUGGAUUGCUUUGGUGACCCUGCGGUGACUGGAAAGAUUGGCACAGAUAUCCAGGACAAUAAAUGCAGCUGGCUGGUGGUGAAGGCACUGGGAAUCAUGACACCCGAACAGAGGGCAGAGCUAGAGGCAUGUUACGGCCGUAGUGAUGCUGAAAGUGUUGAAAGGGUCAAGGCUUUGUAUGAUACUCUGGAAAUGCCCCUGCGAUAUCAUCAGCACGAGGAGGAGAGCUAUCACCGCCUGCAAAAACUGAUCCAGCUUCAUGCUAAGAAUCUGCCUCAUGCUGUUUUUCUUAAUUUUGCCAAGAAAAUAUACAAGAGGAACAAAUGAGGUGGGCUGCAAGAAACUGUAAGGACUUCAAUGAAACCGGGUAUUUUAGAUACGUAGACUAGGGUCAACAAAAUAUGCAGUGAGGGGUUUUAAUAGUUAAAUAAAUAUGGAUGUAAUAGAUUUUAACCGCACUUUAAAUAUACUUUCAAGAAGUCAAGAAAGAAGUAGUUUAGUUUAUGUUACUUAUUUGUGUUUUUCCUCUUUAAGUGCAGCAAAAAUGCAAUAAAUUGUGGAUUUACUGUAGUAUGAUGCAGUUUACUGCAAACAGCGUACAUGGACAACACAUCAUUUGUCAGUGUUUUAAUUGGAGUACAUGUGUAUGAAAAAUAUAUUUUGAUUGACUGCUGUAUUGUCUUUUCAACAUCACUAGGAGAUCUAGAAUGUUUAGGGCAUGGUUGGAAAAGGAUAUACAUCAUAUGUUUAAGGCUGAAAACCAACUGCUGAAGGCAUCUAGACGCACACAUUCAUUGAAAGAGUGUUUUUAUAUAAAAUAUUUGCCCACCUGGAACACAGUGGGAUUGCUGUUCAUUCAGAAUCCUUCUAUCUGUUUGCUUCUUUUCUUGUGUGUCACACUUUAUGUCUACAUUUGGGAAUAUUUGUUAACCAAAUUAGUCACAGAUGAACAAUAGUCAUUAAUCAUUUCUUAAUCUUACAGCUCUCAUUUGUUAGUUAACAAAUGCUGCAAAGAAACAAAAACAUUUAAUAUUAAUUUAUGUUAGUUACUGCAGCUAAUGUUAACAAAUGAGACUGAGUUGUAAAGUGUUACUGUUUAUUGUUAUGAACCGAAUGAUUGUACCGAACGCUUAUACACUACACCAGAUACAUACAGUUGAAGUCUGAAUUAAUAGCCCCCCUUUGAUUUUUUUUUUCUUUUUUUAAAUAUUUCCGAAAUGAUGUUUAACAGAGGAAGGAAAUUUUCACAGCAUGUCUGAUAAUAUUUUUUCCUCUGGAGAAAGUCUUAUUUGUUUUAUUUUGGCUAGAAUAAAAGCAGUUUUUAAUUUUUUAUAAACAAUCUUAAGGUGAAAGUUAUUAGCCCCUUUAAGCUAUAUUUAUCUCAAUAGUCUACAGAACAAACCAUCGAUAUACAAUAACUUGCCUAAUUACCCUAACCUGCCUAGUUAACCUAAUUAACCUAGUUAAGCCUUUAAAUGUCACUUUAAGCUGUAUAGAAGUGUCUUGAAAAUAUCUAGUCAAAUAUUAUUUACUGUCAUCAUGGCAAAGAUAAAAGAAAUCAGUUAUUAGAAAUGAGUUAUUAAAACUAUUAUGUUUAGAAAUGUGCUGAAAAAAAUCGUCUUUCUGUUAAACAGCAAUUUGGGUGGGGGUGGGGGGGGGAAUAAAUGGAGGCUAAUAAUUCUGAAUUCAACUGUAUAUACGUCUCUCACACAUUCAGUGAGUGAUCAUCAUUGCUGUGUAUGGAUUAUAGAAAGAUAUUCAGUGUGCUUUAAAUAAAGAUUAGAUUCAGCA